AUGACUUCUACCCACACCUCCCCUCUCCGCCUCGAGCCCGCCACCCUCGAGGACCUCCCCGCCCUCACCGACCUCUGGUACAAUGCCUUCACUACCGACUCCAUGCGCACCAUCUGGCCCGACACCCCGGGCGUGCGACAAUGGUGGCAUGAAGCCAACGAGCACGACAUGCGACACAAACCCGGGGAGAAAUUCCUGAAGGUCGUCGACACAUCCCAGAAUGGUCGUAUCGUCGCCUACGCCAAAUGGUCCCUGCAGACGGCUGAAGAGCGCGGUGCUCGCUGGCCUGCCUGGCAUCCGGACAUGAAUCCCGUCCAUAAUGAUGCGUUCUUGAAGCAGCUGGAGACGUAUCGCGCUGCGCUGGUGGGUGGAGGUCGACCUAAUUAUUAUCUCGAUAUGCUCGCGACUCACUCCGAUUACCGACGUAUGGGGGCCGCUCGUAUGCUUCUGGAAUGGGGCUGUCGUGUCGCGGACCAGGACGGGGUCCCGGUCUAUAUUGAUGCCAGUAAGGCUGGCAAGCCGGUUUAUGAGCGGUUUGGCUUCGAGGAUCGUAGCCAUGUCUUUGGGGAUACGGGUGCCUUGGCCCCUAUGGUGCGGGAUCCGCCGAAACGCGAGGCUUGA